CCACACUUCCCUUGUGUUUGUUCUGAUUGACUUUUUCUGGGGACGUGCUGGGCGUCCCUGGCUUUAUCUCCGUCUCUGGUGGGGAAUGUGGAAAUGGCCGGUGACAGGAGCCAUGGGGUCUUCUUGUGCCGGCGACGCUUCGGGCUCCUGCUGCUGGCGACGGCGGCGGCCGGACUGUGCGGCGGGGUCUCCGGAGUGAAGAAUCCCAGCUGCCACGAAGUGAGGACGGCGUUUCAGAUCCGCCAGAUCGGCCCCCUCAAGCUGGUGCCCGAUGUUCCCACAGCCGAUUCCAACUUACAGAUCUGCCAGCACAAAGUGCAAACAUGUUGCACUAGAAAGAUGGAAGAAAGCUAUCAAGCAGCAGUUCGGAGAGAAAGGAUGGAGAACAUCCAGACUCUAAAUUUUGAACUGAAAUAUAUGAUUGUCGGUCACAUCACAGCUUUCCAAGCGGCCUUUGAGUCCUUGCUUCGCUUUGCUGAGAACCAUACGACUUCUCUGUUUGAGACUGUCUACAGAUCCAUGUCAAAGGAAGCAGCAGAGCCUGUCAAAGAGCUCUUUACAGACAUCUCUCUCUACCUCUUGGGCGCUCAGACUACAGUGGAAAGUGUCCUUUUCCGGUUCUUCGACAGCCUCUUCCCUUUGGUUUACAGCCGCCUAAUCAACCCAGGCAUGGCGAGUCUGUCAGAGGAGUAUACAGAGUGCCUGCGGCUAACGCGGCAAGAUAUAAAUCCAUUUGGACUCUGUUCUAAAGAAACAGUUACAAAGUUGGAAAAGUCUCUUUGGGCAAGCAGGACAUUCAAUCAGGCCCUGGGUUUAGGCAUUGAAGUGCUGAAUGCUACUGAACAUGCCACGUUGACAAAGGAAUGCAGCAGAGCCCUAGUGAAGAUGCAGUACUGCCCACAUUGCCAAGGUCUGACUCUGAUCAGACCCUGUGAAGGAUAUUGUCUCAAUGUCAUGAGGGGCUGUUUUGCCAGCAUAUCUGAACUGGACUCUCAGUGGAGGGAAUAUAUCUAUACCCUGGAGUAUCUCACUAACGAAAUGGCUGGAUCGCAUGAUCUAGAAGCUGCACUUUUGGGUAUCCGGAAUUCAAUCAAUGACGCCAUUUUGCAUGCCCAGCUGAAUGGACCCCACCUGUCUGCAACUGUAGAUAAAGUGUGUGGACAGCCUGAAGAAAAAGAAGUGAAACCUUUACCAGACAACAUAGUUCAAGCAAAGGAAGUAACUGAGACACAGGCUCUGACAAUGACACACUCAAAUACUCUAAGCAAUAAAAGGAGUUCUCUGCCUCUGAAAGCUUCAAAGAAUGACAAAUCCAGAAGUUUGAAAAAAAUGGCCCGGGAAUUCAUCAACUACAUGAAACGAUCCAGAACACUCUAUGCCUCUUUAACUGAAAGACUCUGUGAUGGUGAUCUUGUGAUGAAAGACAGUUCGACUUGCUGGAACGGAGAGGAUGUUGUAGAAAGUUAUACAAGCAGAGUGGUAACCAAUGGGAUGAAGGCACAAAUUAAUAACCCAGAAUUGAAAGUCAGAGGAAUGGACCCACACGUCAGUAACUUAAUUGCUAAACUGCAACAAUUUAAUCAGGGGGCAACUGAGAAAACAAACUUAAAGUCAGAAAGAAUGGCUAUCAGGGAUGGCGGCAGUGGGAAUGGAAUGAAUGAAGAGGUGGGAUCCAGCGGAGAAUGUGAUGAUGAGGACGGAUGUCAAGGAUCUGGUGAGAGGAGCCUCACGAAAGAUGUUCUUGGAGCUGGUCCAGAAGACAGGAAUGAACCGAAGCCAACUGUGAGAAAGGUGGACACCACAACCAUAGCUUCUGUAAAAUCAUCUCCUAAACAUAAAGUGGACAGCAAUAUGGGAAACAGAGCUUCAAGUUCCCUGCUCUUUAUUAUUACAGCCCUUGCAGUUUUGUGGCACUCUUUGUUGUAGCUGCAUUAUGCGGCGGUAACUGUGCAGUUUCUGCCCACUGUCAUUUAUACCUACAGCCUUAUCCAAGUAAAAACCAAGUUUAAUGGCUCUCUCAAUGGUGCACUCUAGCAUUAUGUGGUAUGUUAGUGUAAGUACUAAACAUUAGUCUGGGACUGGUUAACAGCAAGCAUCUCCGUAGCUGUCGGUAUCUGGAGAUGGCUCUUGAUAACAUCUCAUCUACUCAAGAUGUAAAAAAAAUAAAAAUAAAAGGAUGAAGACGGGAAA